GAUAUUUUGUAUAAGCAGAGGCAAACGGGACGUUGACAUGCGGCGAGCUCACGUCGCAACGCUUAAACCGCUUUCUUGCACGCAACCGCCACGCACCGCCGUGUCUAUAUACAACCAAACCCCCUCUCUCACCCCUCCAGUUUCUCCUGUCGCGGUCGUUGGUUGAGCAGUGAACCUGGCCAACAGUUACGAGAAAUUUGUAUCGGAUAAUCCGUGAUGGCGCUGGCUGUCGGAGUUUUCUCGAGGGCAUACUUUGAGUUUGUGGAAUCUCCGUUUACGAAAUCAUUGGGCUGUGGCGAUUUCUCGAGCAGGCGAGUCGAUUUGUCGUCUUUUUCGAGAAAUGGGAGGCGUGGGAGUCGGAGACUGCGUGUCGGGUGCUUUGCUUCAGCUGGAAAUGUGGCUCGUGAAUUGGAAUCCGAGGAGGAUUCUGCUGCAAGCAGCUCCAGAAAUGAUGAUGAUGAUGAUUUAAGCCAUGUGAUGAAGUUUAAAAUGUCGGAUUUCGAAAUUCAUGAUCGUGUUAGCGUUGGUCUUGCGGACAAGGGUGAUGAGGUAGUAUUCGAAGCAACAGUGAAGGACCCCAACAGUCCACUGUUUAACACGAGGGUCAUCCUUAGGCAGCUGGUCAGUACUCAGGCUAAGCGUAGGGGGAAACGAGCAAUAGAGGUAUUGAAAAGGCUGGCUAGCCGUAGAAUAAUGUACCAUUCUUACUCGAUGCAAGUUCAUGGCUAUGUGUGCCCGUCAACAACUGGCGACAGUGGCUCGUUUAUUCUUGUUCACGGAUACCAUGGUAGUUUUUCUUUGAGACAUUGGCUUCAACAGUCCGAUUGGCUCCCAACUCUUGAGGCGACCCUUACAUUAGACGAGGAGACUAUCAGAAGGGUUGGCGAUGACACGGUUGGUGGGCCCGCGGUAUCUCGACUAUUGCGGCUUAUUCGGGUUUUAAUGCGAGAUCUGCUGAUAGGAGUGAAUUACCUGCACAGCCAUGGACUUGCGCAUACAGAGUUGAGAAUUGAGACUUUGCAUAUCAGCCCUGUGGAUAGACAUAUCAAAGUUGGGAUAUUGGGAAAUGCGGCUGAUUUUGCUGACUGCAAUCCAGAUGGUAGCAAAUUGGAUGGGUACAUGGAUAGGCGGAACAUGAUGAUUGCAUUCGACAUGAGAUGUAUUGGAUUUAUCAUGGCCAGAAUGGUAAUAAGGGACCUCAUGGAUCCGUUGAUUUUCACCAAGUUCAAAGCAUUCCUCUCCAAGAUACUUGAUAGAAAAUGGGGUGCAGGUUGGAAUUUACUCUCUCUACUUCUUGCUACAAAUCCCUCAAAGAGAAUAAGUUGUUUAGAUGCUUUGAGGCAUCCUUUCUUGUGUGGACCAAAAUGGCGUGUUGACCCUACAAUGGACAUGAUCAGAUGGAGCCUGGGUUCAACGGCAGUUCGAAUCACAGAGGAAUACAUUUACCGUCAGCAACAGAGAAGAAGAAUAGCACAUAUCAUUGAACUAAUGGAGAUGCUAAAUCCUCACUCAAAGCCAAGGCAAUGGCUGGAACUCCUUCCCGGAAAAUGGCGUUUAUUAUACAGCACGGGCCGCCAAAUAGGAUUAACUCUUCGCCAGCCCACAACCCGAGUUCUCAUUAGCGAAGCCCACUUAACUAUAACCAAGCUCUCUAAACCACAUGCAACUUUCUCCAUCCAAUCAGACGUUAGCUUCACAGUCAUGCCCAGUCUUGACUGGGCCCUCGACAAGAAAGGCACAAAGGGUAAACUUCAGAUGACCUCUCCUUCGAAGCUGAGAGCCGGAAGACGGUUUUACAUAAAUGAAAAAACUGCCGACCGAAUCAAUUCGGCCUAUUCACCCGACGCUAGAGAUUUCAUAUUGGAAAAAUUGUCGAGCAAAAAAUGGAGAAAGAUUGUGCCUUUAAAGGAGUUCCCUUCGAGCCUUCCCGUGGCUAAGCUCAUUACAAGUGAUGUCGAUAUCACGAUGAGUAUGGAUGAGCCGUUGAGUAGAGAUGUUGGGGCCGCGCAAAAUGUUGUUCGAGAGGUGAGGACCCAAUUGCCACCGGAAUUGUUUGAUUUGUCGAAGAUUGUUUGUGGGACUUAUGUUGAUUCUAGGUUACUCGUGCUUCGUAGUGUGAAUGGCUCGGCAGUAUUGUUCAUAAGGUCCUUUUGUGAAUGAGGUGUUGAUAAUAAGUGAGGUCAACUUGUGUAUAGUGAAUGUAAGAUUGUUGAUAAUGCAAGUGUGCAAACUUGUGAAUAGUGAAUCUAAGAUUGUUGAUAAUGCAAUAUAGUCCCCUCCAUUGUGGAUACAACUGAAGUGCUUGGAGUCCAGAUAUGAUAUUGACUGACUAACACGAUACGAAAUACGAACAUUGACUGACAUAAUAUGAGAAAUUAAAAAACACGAUUACAGAACGCAUUGAAACACGAA